GCCGCUCGACGUAUCGCGAUCCGAUAGUUGCUCGCGUAUUUCGCCGAUAUUGAGGAAAAUUGAAAAUUCUUGUGCGCCGUUAAUCCUCACUAAAUUUUCUUUAUUUAUUGCAGAUCGGCUAUUCCCUGGGCGAAAAUUACAGCAACGAUUGUUGCUCCCUCUGAUGCGAUAACGAUAAGCUGGAACGAUGACGGGAUAAUUGUAACACCGGAAGUGACAGGAAAUUACGGUUAAACGGUUUAAUUGGAUCGCCGAUGAUUUACUAUUUACAGUAAUUAACUGGGUUGGCCAAAUUGCGUUCGGUAUGUUUAUUUUCUAUCGUGUCGUUUCUGGUCGGCGUCGUGUUGCUUCUUCGUAUACAAACCGAAUCUGUUGACCGUGUGAAUGUCGUGAUACAUGUUGAUAACAAGUGUUGUUUGUGACUCUUCGUUCGUCUUCAAACUCGAUCCUGCUGUUUCAUUACCUGUGCAACAGACGACUACGGACUGUGGUUUAUAUACUUCGUCGUUACGCUGUAUUAAGGAAUUACGGAUACUCAAGGCUGCCGUCAGCCUUUGGAUCGAACGACGUGCAUCAGUAGCUGUAUCGAUUAUUACAUCGUGGAUAAACUAAAUCGCAUAUCGAACGAACGGACGAGGCAACAGUGAUGCAGAUAUCAGUGAUACGAGUGAAAAAAUGCCCGGUGAUUAUCGCAUCUCUGUUAAUCGUGGAUCGGAUCACCCUGUGAAGUGCGCCGUUAAAUGCGAGAAAACCGAGCGUUGAAACUCUUCCCGUUUCUGGUUAAAGCUGUGAUAAGUUCCGGUGUGGAAAAGUGACACAGGAUUGUGAACGACAACAGUGACUGUGACUGUGACUGAUCAGCCUCGAUCAAAUGCAUCCUUCGCGUCUGGUCGGAGCGCAGUUUCAAAUCGAAGGAAAGCUUCGUCCGGUUUAACCGCAAGCUGCAACUGCUGCCGCUGCUGCUGUCGGGAAACAGCAAUUGUGACAGUGAUACCUAGUGACAGUGAUGUGGGUGCCAGAGCUUUUGCCCUCGAGUGCUGCAGGUGAAAGGAAGUCCGGUUAGUCGGGAAGGAAUACCGGAAGUCGCUGCAGGAUGAAGGCCGUUCCGCACCUUUGGCUCCACGCUUUCUGGCCUUUGCUGGCGCUGCUUUCUCGUCAGUCUGAAUGCGCCGCGAAAAACGGAAACGGGGGCAACGUCGUCGAGCACCACCAGCCCUCCUACUGGGAGCAGCCACCCUUCAGCCAACCCUACUUCGACAACACCACCCGAAGGGAAACCACCACCACCGUUGGACAGUCAGCCUACCUUCACUGCAGGGUCAGGAACCUCGGUGAUCGAGCGGUUUCGUGGAUCAGAAAAAGGGAUCUGCACAUUCUGACGGUCGGCAUUCUGACCUACACGAACGACCAGCGGUUUCAGUCGCUCCACAGUGACGGUAGCGACGAGUGGACUCUGAAGAUCAGUUCACCCCAGAUCCGAGACAGCGGCGUUUACGAGUGUCAAGUCUCGACGGAGCCCAAGAUCAGCCAGGCUUACCACCUCAGUGUAGUCGUUUCGAAGGCUAUGAUUACGGGGAACCCUGAACUCUACAUCAAAAGUGGAAGCGAUAUAAACCUGACGUGCACCGUGCUCAAGACUCCGGAGCCUCCGUCCUUCAUUUAUUGGUACAGGGGCGAACACGUUAUAAACUACAGCCAGCGGGGUGGAAUCAGCGUCGUAACGGAGAAACAGACGCGGACUUCGAAGCUGUUAAUUUCUCGGGCGCUACCCGCCGACUCGGGAAACUACACCUGCGCACCCUCGACGGCCGAGUCAGCCAGCGUCAUGGUGCACGUACUCAAUGGCGAGCAUCCGGCGGCUAUGCAGCACGGAAAUUCGAGUAAUAGCGGAGCGGCGACAAGGACAUUAGCCCUGCUUCUCCUGCUCUUGCACGCUGGUUCGUUUGCAAGGUGACUGGCCGGAAGCUUGAACCACUGACUACAUCAGCCCAGAACCAAGGAGCCCAUCGAACCCCCGAUUCGCAUCCCUUCGAUGACCACGUGUCAACGGAACCCCGACUGCAGUUUCCCUUGAAUUUACCGCCCGACGAAUCAGCGUCCUCCUUGUCGUCAUAACUGUGAAAAAAAAAAAGCCCGAUGAUCGUAACGGUUAAAUUGUGAGUAAUAAUAAUAAUAAUAAACUAAUAACAACAAUAAUAAUAACAAUAAUAAUAAUAAUUAUACCGAUAACGAUAAAAAUAAUGAUAACGAUAGCACGAUAAUGAUAAUUGUAAACUAUAACAUAAUAACCGAAUAGUGACGGUAGUUGAAAUGAUAAAUGAGUAAAAUUUACGAUGAUACGUAUAGUUGUUAAUGUUAUUACUCUGCCGCAUGAGGUGCAGAGAAAUUUGUGACUGUGCGGCGGGAUAAAGUGAAUUAAUUAUAUAUAGGGACAGUGUUAGAGCGAAAAAAUUGUGUAAAUAUGUCUACCUCGAUGAUAACUGUUAGUACGAUGAUAAAACGAAUGGGACGUAUUAACGCGAAGGGAAUACCGAAGUAUGAAUUAGUGGCUGUAUAAUGAUAGUUUAAUUAACGUGUCAUUUACAUAACUAAUCUCGUCGAAUUGAUGCAGAGACGCUUGUACGGCGACCGAACGCGAUACGCCGGAGUAAUCGAUCGUUCUACGAUGCGAAGCAGCGUUAUUUUUUUCUUUUUUUUGUAAUUUAAACCCGCAUUUGUCCGCUCUCCGUAUCGUCAGUAAUUUUUUCCUGCAAAUACCGCAUGCGAAUUGAAUAUACCGAAUUUGGUGAAUUUGGCUUGUGUUGGGUUUUCCAUUUUUGAUUAUAUGAUAUAAAAAAGAAAAAACAAAAAAAAAAAAAACAGCAACAACAACGGACGUGGGUGUAAAUUUAAUACUUUAAAUAACGAUAAGAUCCCAAUCCUCUGUGCGGUGUUGUGUACCAACGGUAUGACGUAUUAUAUAUUACAUUAUAUAUAUAAGCACACAUAGAGUUACGUACUUACGUAUAUUAUAUAUUAUAAAUAUUAAUUAUAUGAAAUUGACUGUUUUACUACUCACGAGACCAUGACAUAUCCAUGUAUAAUAUAGUUUGUAACAUUUAGGACGUAUUUUAUCGGCUUCGCUGUUAACCGACUACCCAUCGUGUGUAAUAGUAGAGUAAAUCUGUAUUUAAAAAAAAACCAAAAAAAAA